AUGCGAGUGCUAAGGGGUUAUAUUUCCUUCCUUUGUUUUUGCUUCUCUUUGUUGCAGUUUGUAAGAGUAACCACCCCUACUGACACCAUGAACACAACUCAGUCAAUUAGAGAUGGAGAUACAAUAGUUUCAGCUAGUGGCACCUAUGAAUUAGGAUUUUUCAGCCCCGGAAAAUCCAAAAACCGAUACUUGGGGAUAUGGUAUGGCAAAAUAUCAGUCCUGACAGCAGUGUGGGUUGCCAACAGAGAAUCUCCACUCAACGAUUCAUCAGGUGUUGUAAGGCUUACCAACCAAGGACUUCUUGUCCUUGUCAAUCGCAGUGGAAGCAUCAUUUGGUCUUCCAACACAUCAACACCUGCUAGAAAUCCAGUUGCACAGCUUUUGGAUUCGGGAAACCUUGUUGUGAAAGAGGAGGGUGAUAAUAACCCGGAAAACUCCCUGUGGCAGAGUUUUGAACAUCCAGGUAAUACAUUAAUACCGGGCAUGAAGAUAGGGCGGAAUAGAAUAACUGGAAUGGAAUGGUACGUGACGUCAUGGAAGUCAGCAGAUGAUCCUUCCAGAGGUAAUAUUACAGGCAUCCUCGUUCCUGAUGGAUAUCCAGAGUUAAUAUUGUUGGAAGAUUCAAAAGCGAAGCAUCGAGCUGGGCCAUGGAAUGGUCUGCAGUUCAGUGGCGUGCCUCAAGUAAAACCAAAUCCCGUGUACACAUUUGAAUUUGUUUUUAAUGACAAGGAGAUAUUCUACAGAGAAGAACUUAAAAAUAGCUCAAGGCACUGGAGGAUCGUCUUAACUCAGGAUGGUGAUGUCCUACACCUCCUCUGGAUUGAGCAGACUCAAAGUUGGUUUCUUUAUGAAACAGCAAAUACCGAUAAUUGUGAAAGUUAUGCGCUCUGUGGUGCGAAUGGUAUCUGUAGUAUUAACAACUCUCCAGUGUGUAAUUGUUUGCAUGGAUUUGUGCCAAAAGUUCCAAGUGAGUGGGACAAGACAGAUUGGUCAAGUGGUUGCGUUAGAAAAAUUGCACCAAAUUGUUUUAGAGAUGGGUUUCGUAAAAUCUCAGGUGUGAAGAUGCCAGAGACAAGAAAAUCAUGGUUUAACAGGAGUAUGAACCUGGAGGAGUGCAAGAACACGUGCUUGAAGAACUGCAGCUGUACUGCGUACGCAAACUUGGACAUUAGGGAUGGAGGAAGUGGGUGCUUGCUUUGGUUCAAUGAUCUGAUUGAUAUCAGAACUUUCUUUCAAAAUGAGCAAGACAUUUUUAUACGGAUGGAUGCAUCAGAACCAGGUAUGAAUAAAGAUGACUCUCCAAAGGUUAAUACCAAAUCCAAAGUGAAGAAAAGGAUCGUAGUAAGCACUGUGUUGUCCACUGGAAUGUUGUUCAUUGGCCUAUGUUUGGUCUUGUAUGUUUGGAAAAAGAAGCAGCAGAAAAACAGAAAAAUGACAGGUAAUUUUCAAAGAAGAUCAAAUAACAAGGACCUGAAGGAAGAACUAGAAUUACCCUUCUUUAACAUGGAUGAGUUGGCUUGUGCAACAAAUAAAUUUUCUGUAUCCAAUAAACUAGGAGAAGGGGGCUUUGGACCUGGAACGUUAAGAGAUGGACGAGAAAUAGCUGUCAAAAGACUCUCUAAGAAUUCAAGACAAGGACUUGAUGAGUUCAAAAAUGAAGUCAAACAUAUCGUGAAACUUCAGCACCGGAAUCUAGUGAGGCUUCUUGGAUGCUGCAUUGAAAGAGAUGAAACUAUGUUGGUCUACGAGUUUUUGCCUAAUAAAAGCUUGGACUUCUUCAUUUUUGAUGAAACUCAAAGCUUGCUACUAGAUUGGCCUAAGCGCAACAACAUCAUCAAUGGGAUUGCUCGUGGACUUCUUUAUCUUCACCAAGAUUCGAGACUAAGAAUAAUCCACAGAGAUCUGAAAACCAGCAAUAUUUUGUUGGAUUACGAAAUGAAUCCAAAAAUCUCAGACUUUGGCCUGGCUAGAAGUUUUGGAGAAAAUGAAACCGAAGCCAAUACUAACAAAGUGGCUGGGACGUAUGGUUACAUAUCUCCAGAGUACGCAAACCAUGGACUCUACUCGCUAAAAUCAGACGUCUUCAGCUUUGGUGUCUUGGUGCUAGAGAUAGUAAGUGGCAACAGAAACAGAGGAUUCUGUCAUCCUGAUCACCGCCUCAACCUUAUUGGGCAUGCUUGGAUACUCUUCAAACAAGGCAGGCCUCUAGAACUUGCUGCAAAAUCAAAAGUUAAAACACCUUAUUUGUCUGAAGUAUUACGUUCUAUUCACGUGGGGCUAUUGUGCGUUCAAGAAAGUCCAGAAAAUAGACCAAACAUGUCAUAUGUGGUCUUGAUGUUGGGGAACGAAGAUGAAUUGCCUCAGCCGAAACAACCAGGAUUUUUCACUGAAAGGGACCUUGUGGAAGCCAGUUGUUCAUCAAGCCAGAGCAAACCACCUUCAGCUAACGAAUGCUCGAUUUCAGUGUUGGAGGCAAGAUAGAUUAC